UGAGAGAAUGAGGACAUGAAAGAGGAGGAAUGCCAACUCUACAGUAUGCUCCCUAAUUCCCUACGAACCCACAAAAUUCCUUCUGUGUGGGGUUUGGGGAUGGGAAGAAAGGAAGUGGAGCUGGGGAGCAGACACUUUCCUCAGUAUGUUUCCCUCCAAACUCUUGCAGAAAUCUGUGAUGGAGUAAAUGCUGAGUCCACGUUCAAGGUUUCUACUGCAAACUGGAUAGUGAAGCACAGAGCCUCUGAAGAUGAAGAGCUAUUUCAGUCAGAUCAGCAAGAGACGUUCCUGAUAGAAGAAUGCUUAAAUAAUAAGUACACGCAUAACGCUUGUAAGAAAGUUUUCUGUCACCCCUGGCAGAGAUGUGUUGGAGGAAGUUGUAUUUGCAAGCUUCCCUACCAAUGCCCAAAGAAUGUCACCUCGGUUUGUUCUACCAAUGGAAGGACAUUCUAUAAUUAUUGUCAGCUAAAAGCCUAUGAAUGCCAGCACCCCCAUGAGAAGUUUCUGAGUAAGGAAAAGUGCACACUUUCAGAAAAAUUUGAAGUUUCUUUGGACUCUGCAGGACAAUCAGAGGGUCUUAUUCAAGUAAAGCUUGUGAAUCAUACUGAGAAGUUAUUUAUAUGUAACAGUCAGUGGAGUAUGAAUGAAGCAAAUGUUGUCUGCAGACAUCUAGGUUAUGAAAAAGGAGCUGAUCACAAAAAGACAUUCGAAGUCCCAGAAUCUGCCUUAACUUCAUCUAAAUGUCUUCAUACUACUUGCAGAGGGCUAGAGACUAGCCUGGCGGAAUGUACUUUAAUCGAGAGAGAAAAUAUUAUUAACAAGGAUUUUGCUAGUGUCGUGUGCCAUAAUGGAGAUAGAGAAUGUUCAAAAAACGAAUUCCAAUGUGUCAAUGAGAAAUGCAUUCCUUUACAUGAAACCUGUAAUGGAAUCAAUGACUGUGGAGACCUAAGUGAUGAAUUGUGUUGUAAAGAAUGCAACAACAGUUUCCAUUGUAACUCCGAUGUGUGUAUUCCAAAUAAGUACCUCUGUAACAGGGAAGUGGACUGCCUUGCAGGAGAGGAUGAAUCUCGAGCUCGCUGUGGAGGUGAGCAAAAGCCAAAGCCAAAAGUUACAGUCCCAGGGCGUUCACAUUCAAAGACUAACAUUCAAGAACAAAAAGAAGACAUCUCAACUUCCAGUAUGGAUGGAGAACAACAUGUCUUCGUCCCAAUUUCUAAUAUGGAUGAAGAAAGGAAAACAUUAAAGACCUUGUUGCCUCAGUUGACGUGUGGUGUUACAAAGCACCCAGUAACUCGACGGAAGCGAAUCAUAGGAGGAAACACUGCUGCAAAGGGUGAAUUCCCUUGGCAAGUGGCAAUUAGAGAGGGUAGUGGUACAGUGAACUGUGGAGGAAUUUAUAUCGGUGGCUGUUGGAUUCUGACUGCUGCACAUUGUGUCAGAAAAAGUCGAGUUAAUCAGUAUCGGAUAUGGACCGGAAUAUUAGAUACAAUCGUCUAUAAUCAAGAGAUAGAUACUUUUAGAUUAAACCAAGUGAUAAUCCAUGAAAACUAUAAUGCCUCAAAUUACCAAAAUGACAUUGCUUUGUUGGAGAUGAAAAGUAAUGACAAAGGAAAACCAUGCUCACUAGCAUACAGCAUACCUGCCUGUGUUCCUUGGUCAGAAUAUCUGUUCAGAUCUGGACAUCAAUGCAAAGUUUCCGGCUGGGGACUAGCAGAAGGUUAUACCAAACAAUUUGUUCUUCGAUGGGGCAACAUUAAUUUAUUUCCAAACUGUUCAGAUAUCUAUAAAGAGCGCUUUUUUAAUCAAAUGGAAUGUGCAGGUACCUUUGAUGGUUCCAUAGAUUCCUGUAAAGGUGACUCAGGAGGACCCUUGGUCUGUAUGGAUUCAAAUAAUAGGGCAUACGUGUGGGGUAUUGUGAGUUGGGGUGAAAACUGUGGAGUUCAAGGAUACCCUGGAGUUUACACAAAAGUAGCCAGCUACUUUGAUUGGAUUAGCCGUCAUGUGGGAAGGUCCGUUAUUUCUCUAUACAAUGUGUGAAGCUUUGGGACCUAAAUACUACAUUCGCAGCACCUACACACAAAAAGGAAGAUUAGUUCUACCUUAGAAUCAGCAGUUUUAUUACAUACUUGCAAUUUUUGGCAAAAAUGUUUAAACAAAUAUUUGAAAAUGCUAUUAAUGUUCUAUAGAUGUAAUGAUUCUUGUGGAAAGUGUUUUGUAUUGAAAUUAGUUCAUUGUAAGAUUCCCUAAUAAAUGCAUGCAUACUAUAAGGAAA